AUGACAUCCAUGAGUCUAACCACAGGUCUAUCGCUCCCUUCCCUGCCCCCAGGUAUCUCUCUGGAAAUUGCAUGUUUACUCGUGUAUCCUGAAAACACAAGUUUCGGGAACCCCUCGACGGAACUCAUGAAUUGGGAUGGCUUCGGACCGAAUUGGAAUAAGUUUACCCUCUUGUUCUUUGAUGAUUCACGAUCGGGUUUUGACAAGCUGAAAGUAGGAUUUCAUGAUCCGAAUCCCGUCUCUAGCGCCAAUAACCUGUUACUGACGUCUCCCUUGGAAUCAACCUCCCCCGAAUCGGCCUUCACGCAGGUUGAAUCUCCCGUAGACGGCUCUAUUCUUCCCCACGAUACCGAUCUGUCAGCACAUUUAGCCGAGCCCGUCGUUGUGGAGAAUUGGGGUCCGUUCCUUGCUUCGGACGAGUACCAAUCCAUCAAUGCUGACGUCGUUAAAGUGUUUGAACCUAUAAAGGAAGUAGAACUCGCCUCGGACAUAAAAGACGUCGUAUUGUACAAACCCAGUGAUGAUUUGGAGUAUCCGUCUACAAUUGAGGUCGAGACAGACCUGGAUGAUGAUACUUACGAAAUAGCAUCGAAAGACGCUUCCGACCGAUCUAUCUUACACUCUGAUUUAUUUGACACCAACAAUAUAAUUACUCUCGAUACCAUGGUCACGAAGAUUAUCGAAAAUCCUUUAUCUUCCAACCAGGUCUCACCAACCGGUAACGAUGUCCACAACUCUAGAAUCGAGGACCUUGAUGACUCCGUCCAAUGGAAGGUGGAAAGUUCAAGCAGGCCUGUCACUUCGGGGUCGAAAACAUUUCCUCGAUCGAUUUUAAAACCAAGGACAGGCCAAGAGUCAGGGCCAGGCUACCCCACGUUCAAUGAUGAUGGAACUCGAAAACCUGGAGGUAGAAAAACUGCCACACUUGAGCGUCUGGUUCGACGAUACAAAAAAUGA